GUUUCCACUGGCGGGGGCGGUGGCGGCGGCGGGGGUGGAGGGGGCGGCUACUCGCAGCGGCGCGGCUCGCUGCAGCUGUGGCAGUUUCUGGUCGCGCUGCUCGACGACCCGGGCAACGCCUCGUGCAUCGCCUGGACGGGCCGCGGCAUGGAGUUCAAGCUGGUCGAGCCCGAGGAGGUGGCGCGUCGGUGGGGCGUGCAGAAGAACCGGCCCGCCAUGAACUACGACAAGCUGAGCAGGUCGCUGCGCUACUACUACGAGAAGGGCAUCAUGCAGAAGGUCGCUGGUGAGAGGUACGUCUACAAGUUCGUGUGCGACCCGGAGGCGCUGUUCAACAUGGCGCCGCCGUCGACAUCAGCGUCCUCACCGGCGGCGCGUUACCAGUACGGCCCCGCGCCGACACCACCAGCCGAAUACCUGCAGAGAGAACUGCCGGCAGAUGGUAGCACCGUCCACAAGUUGGGCGACGCAGGACAAGCUUUCCUUCACGGCCUGCCGCUAGAUGCCACUAAAGUCGGCAGUGCUUCGCAUUUACAUCAUUCGUCGCUAGGAAGCGGUAGCAGCUCAAAACAGAAUGCGGACACCACACGUCCCGCCUCUCAAGGAACAGUCGACAACAAUAAUUCUACGCACAAACUCGAUCCACCAACAUUUCAUUGUUUGGGUGUCGAUAGUUGCGUGUGUUAG